GGUGACGCGGCGGCCCCGCGAUGGCGGCGGCGGCGGAGGAGGCGCGGUUGCUGGCCUGGCUGCGCGGCCCGGCGGCGCCCGGCGGCCCCGAGCUCGCCGCUUACGUGUCGGAGCUGGCGGCGCUGGGGCUGGCGGAGCUGGGCCGGGAACCGGCGCGCUUGGCGGCGGAGCGGGAGCGGGUCGGGGCCGAGACGCGCCGCCUCGCCUUCGAGCACUACCGCGCCUUCAUCCGCUCCGCCGAGUGCACCGGCCGCGCCGGCCGCGGCUUCGGCGGCAUCGAGAGCCGCCUGGGCAGCCUGCUGGAGCGGCUGCCCGCGCUGCAGGACGCCUGCCGGAGCUUCAUGCGCGAUGCCGAGGCCAUCGCCUCCAGCCGGCGCAUGAACAGCCUGACCCUGAACCGGCACACGGAGAUCCUGGAGAUCCUGGAGAUCCCGCAGCUCAUGGACACCUGUGUCCGCAACGGCUACUACGAGGAGGCGCUGGAGCUGACGGCCUACGUGCGCAGGCUGGAGAGGAAGCACAGCAGCAUCCCCGUUAUCCAGGGCAUUGUGGAGGAGGUGCGUCAGUCAGCCCAGCUGAUGCUGACCCAGCUGAUCCAGCAGCUCCGCACCAACAUCGCUCUGCCCGCCUGCCUGCGCGUCAUCGGCUUCCUGCGCCGCAUGGACGUGCUGACCGAGGCCGAGCUGCGCGUCAAGUUCCUGCAGGCGCGGGACGCCUGGCUGCGCUCCACGCACGCCUCCAUCCCCGASCACGACCCCUACGUGCACGUCACCAAGACCAUCGAGGCCUGCCGGGUGCACCUCUUCGACAUCGUCACACAGUACCGCGCCAUCUUCUCCGACGAGGAGCCGCUGGUGCCGGCCGAGGGCGCGGCUCCGGCCGAGGGGGCCAUYUUCCACGGCUGGCUGCUGCAGAAAGUGUCCGAGUUCCUGCGGACGCUGGAGCGCGACCUGGAGCGCGGCGUGGGCGGCCGGCUGGACUCGCUGCUGGGCCAGUGCAUGUAUUUCGGGCUGUCCUUCAGCAGGGUGGGCGCGGAUUUCCGUGGGCAGCUGGCCCCCCUCUUCCAGCGUGUGGCUGCCAAUGCCUUCAGGAAGGCGGUGGAGGAGGCGGUGGAGAAAUUCCGGGAGGAGAUGAAUUCCUACACGCUGAUCUCRGCCCCGGCCGUGCUGGGGGGCAGCGCGGGAGUGCCGGUGCCCUCGGCACAGCCUGGGACUUUGCAGCCCCCCAUGGUGCUGUUGGACUUCCCACCCCUCGCCUGCUUCCUCAACGGCCUCCUCGUUGCCUUCAAUGACCUUCGGCUGUGCUGCCCCAUUGCCCUGGCACAGGAUGUCACCACCUGCCUGGACAGUGCCCUCAGUGAGGUGAGUCCAGGGGAUGGAGCUGGGCCUGCCGUGUCCCCGGAGCAGCUGGGCGGCCCCGAGCUGCGGCGGCUGGCGGCGGCGCUGGCGGCGGGGCUGCGGGCCCGGCCGUGCCUGGGGCUGAGCGCCCCGCAGCUCGGGGUGCCGCUGCGGGUGUUCGCCGCGGAGCUGUCGCCCGCCCGCUGCUCCCGGUACCCGGCGGCGCUCCGCCAAGCGCACCGYAUCGAGCCCUUCCCGCUCCGCGUCCUCGUCAACCCCGUGCUCCGCGUCCUGGACACCCGCCUYGUCACCGCUCCCGAGGGCUGCGCCAGCAUCCACGGCUUCUCCGCCUACGUCCCGCGGCCCUGGGCCGUCCAUGUCUCCGGUGUGGACGAGCACGGGGUGCCAGUGAACUGGGAGGCAAUGGGCUGGGCUGCCCGGAUCAUCCAGCACGAGAUGGACCACCUGGAUGGCAUCCUCUACAUCGACCGCAUGGACCCGCGCACCUUCACCAACGUGGGCUGGAUGGAACUGCUGGACUGACCCUGCUGAAAGAACCAGCGUGUUUCCAGGGCUACCACUCAGUUUUAUUGCAGCCAAUACAGACCUGUGGCCUCA